AUGAUAAUUAACGUACACUGUCUUAUAUUUCAGAAUGUGGACAAAACCUUGCUUAACAGGACUUUUGUUCGUAGUUCAGUGUCGGAAACACUAAGGUGUCCUGAAACUAGAACAAAUGCGUCUCCAAAAGUUGAAAACAUUAAUCUCUUUGGCCGAGAGAUAAAAAAUUUCUAUGAAUCUCUUACACAGUGCGUAACUCAAAAAAUUGAAUACUCACCACUUGAUUCAAAUUUAAUUAAAUGUUCCGUAUGUGGUGGCUCUUUUAAUGAUUUUAAGAAACACGUUUCAUCUAUUGGUCAUCAAGUAGCUGAGAUGUCAAGCAAAAGUUCGAAACCAUCGCCGCUGUUAAUUCCUCCUUCAAAUAAAGGUUAUCAACUUUUAAGUAGAAUAGGUUGGCGUGAUGCUGCCCUCGAUCCAGAAUGUGAAGAACUGAAGACUUUGAAAAUACUAUCUGACAAUUCAACUAACGAGUCUAAAUCACAUUUCUGCAUUAAAAACGGCGGUUUGGGUGCUCUCAGACAAGGUCGACGCUUUCCUGUAGCAACUGUCUUAAAACGUGAUCGUCUUGGUUUUGGAUGGCCAAAUACAACAAAUACUGCAAGAAUUACACAUUUCAACCCAGGUGAUUUAAAAGCAGUUGAACAUCCUAAGGAUGUGAGACGACUUCGUCACUCAUCCAUUAAAAUGGACUCGAAAUAUUUGAUAAGAAAAAUGAAUUUAGAGAAGAAAAAAGAACGUAUUAUAAGACAAGGGUUUAAUUUGACUGAUGAACAGUUAGCUUUGCUUUAUGACAAAUAA